UCGAGCGAGGACCUGCUCCUGAGGUCUUGCCGACUCAAGAGUGGCAUUCUUUCUUUGCUGUUGUUAUUGAGAAGUUGAUUGUUUACAAUUUGUUCUUUUAUUUGAAAGGAAACUAGUCAAUUGGAAAAUGAGACUAAAUGUUGCCAUUUUCUUUGGGGCCCUCUUCGGAGCCUUGGGGGUUUUGCUGUUUUUGGUCGCUUUUGGAUCGGAUUAUUGGCUUCUUGCGACUGAAGUGGGCAGGUGUUCAGGUGAACAGAAUAUAGAGAACAUCACUUUCCACCACGAAGGAUUCUUCUGGAGGUGCUGGUUCAGUGGCAUCGUGGAAGAGAACAACUCCAACAUCUGGAAGUUCUGGUACACCAAUCAGCCACCAUCCAAGAACUGCACACACGCAUACCUGUCUCCGUACCCCUUCCUGAGGGGUGAGCACAACUCUACCUCCUACGAUUCUGCUAUUAUUUACCGCGGCUUCUGGGCAGUCCUGCUGCUUCUGGGGGUAGUGGCCGCCUUGACCGCAAGCUUUCUCAUCAUCUGUGCGGCCCCCUUUGCCAGUCACUUUCUCUAUAAAGCUGGAGGAGGCUCCUACAUUGCCGCAGGUGUCCUGUUCUCCCUGGUGGUGAUGCUGUAUGUCAUCUGGGUCCAGGCGGUGGCUGACAUGGAAAGUUACAAAGCCAUGAAAAUGAAGGACUGCUGGGAAUUCACGCCCUCGGUUCUGUACGGCUGGUCGUUUUUCCUGGCCCCGGCCGGCAUCCUCUUUUCUCUGCUAGCCGGGUUACUGUUUCUCGUCGUCGGGCGGCACAUUCAGCUGCAUCACUAAGUUGAGCCAGUCCGGCGUUCAGAGCACCAUCCCUCCCGUUCCCUCUUCUCCCCUUCUGUGCUGGUGAUGGUAAUCAGCAUAAAAUCAGUUGAUGUACACGGAGAGUUGUUAUUUCUUGAUGAAUCAUUUUACUUGUGAUUUCCCCUCAUGAGGAAGUCCUUGGACUUCUCCAGAACCCACAGCUGUCUGUGCUGGUGAGGAAUUAGUUCCCUAGGGAACAGGUAGGGGGUGGGCCCAUUGUAGAGUGUGGAGUAAGGGCAGGGUGCAAAUGCAAUCGUCCACAGCAAGCCAAGCUUAGCUUGACCGUCUCCUUGGCAUUCACAUCUACUGCUUUAUUUUUUUAAUAAGGAGGAUAAUUAAGACUGGAACACAAAUGUCAGAUGACUGCUUCCGUUUCUUCUCCACCUACAUGCCCGGGGGCAGACACAUACUCAUCCACUGACUUCUGUGAGCAAGUGAUUCAUUAUCUAAAAAUAGCUAGCUGUUGUUCUUGCUAUUGGAGCCUGAGUUCAAAUGGGCCACAACUGUGGUACCAAAUGUACUUAUUCGCGUUUAUCACCACCUGCGUCAUCUGAGUUUUCUUUUUUUAAUUACGCAUGCCUAUAGAAAGCUUACACUGUUAGAAAGCAGCAGAUCCUCGGGGCAGAGUGUAUUCGGUGCAGAUUGGAAGUGUGGAAGUUACAGGGGGCUAACCCUGGACUGUAAUAUGGUUUGAAGUCUGUAAAAGCCAAGCGCCUCCUCUGAGCACAUCAUUCUAUUUGAUAUUUUAAAAUUCCCAUUUAAAACUUAAAUUGCUAAGAUGUUCAGCACGUUUAAAUUUAUUGAGAGGACGUGCUCUUAAUAUUCCCCAGCCAUAAAGCUUCCAGAUACUUCCUUGUGAGGAUGAUAAUAGCCUGACAUUAUGAAGACCAUGGCAUAUUAACUUUCCCCGACGUUUUACGGGAUCCAGUUCUGAUCAUUUGGUUCCCAUAUUGUCCCUCCAUUUCUCCUUUGAGCGUAUGCAUCAACACUCACAGACCCAGAUUCCCCUAACCUCCUGCAAGAAAAGGGUUUUGUGGGGAAAUAUGAUUCUUUAUUAUUCACUAGCACAGACAUUUUGCAUAUCAAAGAGGUUCAUUUGCCAGGGUUGUUGAUUGAAAUCAAGCCCAUCUGAGUGGCUUCCUUCGGCUGGAACUUGCCUUCUGGAAGUUUCCAUCAAGGAGGGGUUUGGUGUUCGUGAUGAACAGAGAAAUACACAGCACCUAAAAUUUGCUGGGGACCCAGCGAUGCCUUCCGCAGUUGUAGCAAGAAGGAAACACAGCACUGAGGCAGGGGGAUGACCACCGGGCAGGCUCUCUAGGAAGGAGGGGUUAGCUCUUCUGGUCUGUUGUAGGUACAGUAGCGGUGCCGCCUCAACCUUCUCCUCAGCCGGCUUUAUACACAGAGGGAGAACUGGAGGAGUGGCGGGAGCCUGAGGUAUCUGUUUACCCAUGAGGGCGGCUAGUGACCAGACUCGCCAGAAAUAGAAGCUCCAGGGAGGGGUCUAGCUUGUCUUGCAAGUCACUGCAAGGGCACCGGUGCAUUUCUGUGCUACUUUCCUUUGUCUUCUUCUGUUUCCCUUUGAUAUCGCUCCAUUUACUUCCUUGCCUUCUUUGGCUUGGUUAUCAGAAGAAUAAUUGUGAGUUCUGUUAUGCAUGUUGCCCGUGAUAUUAAGCCAUGGCAUGGGAUUACGUUUUCCAGACGAUGCUUAGAUGUAUCUGGUUCGCGUGUGUCAUCUGGACAUACAAUUCUUUUUUGUAGAACUUUGG